GCAAUAAUCUUGUAAAAAAAACUGAGAGUAAUAAGAAAUUAAGAGCUUGGGAGGAUGAUCCGGAAGAAGAAAUUCCUUUUGAUGAUAGUGAGAUUACAAUGGCAGAAUUGUGUAAUAAGGAUAUGAAAAGAGGAAGAAAAUCAAAAACUUUCAAAGAAUUGGAGCUCAAAAAAUAUCAAAAUUCACAACAAAAACGAGCAAUAAAAUCAAAGAAAAAAAACUCUUCAAAAGAUGAAGAUAUUCCUGAACAAAAUACUGAAAGUAUCACAAUAGACUUAAUUGACACUGAUUUACAAAUUGGUGAUGAUAAUGAUGAUAACAAUAAUGAACAGAAUCAACAACAACAACCACUAGACGAGCCAAUUAAUAAUUUGGUAAGAAAUAGCGAUUCUAUCAAGGAUAAAAAUGAUUCAUCAGAAAUUGAUCAAGUUGAUAUUGAACAUUUAGAUCAAAGUGAAAAUAAUUAUGAGGAGAAUCAAGAAGAUGGAGAAGAGGUGAUGGAAAUAAAUACGAUCGAAGAACAUUAUGAAGAUGAAGAAAUACAUGAUGAUGAUGAAUUUUCAACAAAUUUAAGAGAAUUCUAUAAAGAUAAUGAAGAAUAUUAUAAUGGCGAGGUGGAAUCUAUAGGAAACGAAUCAAUACUUUUAAAACGUCGCACAUUUGAUCAACGUAAUAGUAAAUUUGGAAUGAAUGAUGAUGGACAGUACACUAUUCGUGAAACUCGCCAACCGAUUCGAAGAAAUCCUGUUAGUGAUGAAGGAUUGGAACUUAUAGAAGAAGAUAAUUUUUCACAUUUGGUAAAUUCAGCUACAUAUUCCAAACAUCCAAGAAGAAUUGAAAGAUGGUCUCAAGAAGACACAGAUUUGUUUUUCAAGGCAUUAUCACUAUGGGGAACAGAUUUUGAAAUAAUUUCAAAGAAAACAUUUUGUGGUAGAAAGACUCGUGACCAGAUUAAAAACAAAUAUAAAAGAGAACGAAAGAAUAAUUUAACCAAAGUUAAUACAGCUUUAGAUACUCGUAUUAUUGGUUAG